AUGGUGAACAUCACGGAAAAGAUCAAGGAGAUCGAGGAUGAGAUGCGUCGAACGCAGAAGAACAAGGCAACAGAACACCAUUUGGGUCUACUGAAAGGAAAACUUGCCCGGCUAAGAGCCCAGCUCUUGGAGCCAGUGGGAGGUGCUGGCGGUGGCCCCGGUGCGGGAUUUGAUGUCAGCAAGAGCGGCGAUGCACGAGUGGCUCUUGUUGGCUUCCCCUCUGUCGGAAAGUCUACAUUCCUGUCUAAAAUCACCAAGACCAAGAGUGAGGCUGCAUCCUACUCUUUCACCACGCUGACGGCUAUUCCCGGAGUGCUGGAGUAUGGUGGCGCUGAGAUUCAGAUCUUGGAUUUGCCAGGUAUUAUCGAAGGUGCCUCCGAGGGCAAAGGCCGUGGUCGGCAGGUCAUUUCGGCCGCAAAGACAAGUGAUUUGAUCUUGAUGAUUUUGGACGCCACAAAGCGUGCCGAACAGCGAGCCUUGCUCGAGGCCGAGCUGGAUGCCGUGGGCAUUCGGUUGAACAAGGAGCCCCCUAAUAUCUACUUGAAAAUCAAGAAGGCCGGUGGCAUGAAGAUCUCUUUUGCUACGCCCCCAAAGCAUUUGGAUGAAAAGUUGGUUUACAACGUGCUCCGGGAUUACAAAAUUCUCAACUGCGAGGUGCUCGUGCGAGAUGAGAAUGCCACGAUCGACGACUUUAUCGAUGUGAUUAUGAAGGACCACCGGAAGUACAUCCGCUGUCUUUACGUUUACAACAAGGUCGACAGCAUCGGCCUCGAGUUCCUUGAUGCCCUUGCCCGCGAACCUCACACAGCCGUCAUGAGUUGCGAACUUGACCUCGGCGUGCAAGACGUUGUCGAACGCAUCUGGAAGGAACUGAGACUAAUGCGGCUUUACACAAAACGAAAGGGAGAGGAACCUAAAUUCGAUGAGGCGCUCAUCGUACGAAAGGACUCCACCAUUGAGGAUGUUUGUGACCAGAUCCAUCGCACAAUUAAGGACACAUUUAAGUAUGCAUUGGUGUGGGGAGCGAGCGCGAGACAUGUUCCGCAGCGGGUAGGAUUGGGACAUUUGGUUGCUGAUGAGGAUGUGGUAUCUAUAGUGGCUAAGUAG